CAGCUGAUAUCGAUAUCGCGAUCAAUUUGCAUUAAAUUUUCAAAGCGACGAAAUUGUUUACGGAUGCUUAGGAACACACGGAUUCGUAUUUUGAUUUGAAUUUAGAAAGAUGGUGCAGUUUUCAUUGUCAAACCACCAAGAGAAUUAGAAAUCAAAUGUACAUUACGACGGUGGUCUCUCCACAGCUGCACUAAACCAUGUGAACCGUCCUGUCUACUGCAAUACCUUGUGUUAGGAUUAGUCCUCUAUAAUCCAUCAUGUUUGGCUGGAAGAAAAAGAAGAAGGAAAACAAAAAGGACACUUCGUCAUCGUCCUCCGGAGGAUUCUCAUCACUUAACAACCUCCUCAAGGGUUCGCCCAAAGCAAAGAAGGGGAACAAGAAUGGCAAAACUGAUAUCCUCAGCGACAGUCAGACAUUGGGGAGUAACUCCCCACACUCAGUCACAGACCGAGCCCCUGUGGCAAACUCUCUCACCUCGCUCGUCUCUAACGGCUCAGCAUCUCCAUCCCCAAGCAACAACUCCAACCAGAUUACGUCCCAGUUUGUGCAAUCCUUGCCACCCCCAGAGUACUCGCUGCGUGUGCCUCCAGACCAUAGCCGCCUGACAUCACAGACCAGUAAGUCCGAUCACCCCUCCUUGCGUGCCACCUACACCCCACCUCCUGGAUACGGGGUCCCGAAGCAGGGUGGUCGUCCAGGAUCCUCUGCGUCCGAAAUAUCUAAUGUUUCCAGACUAACUGCCCCCAGUGCUGAAGGAAUAGAUGUGGACUUUGCUGGUGCAGCAGAAUCAAAUGAUGUUUCAAGGAGAGCAGACAGGAGCAGUCAUCCGUCCAAACCUCUUGAGGAUUGGUCUGAAGGGGAGAUUCUUCAAUGGUUGAAUGACAGUGACCUGGAGUACUUUGCUGAUAUCUUUCAAGGUUGUGAUAUUGAUGGAGAUUAUAUAUCCCAAGUAACUGAAAAUGAUCUUGUUGACUUGGAAGUUGAGGAAGGUGACCUCAGAAAACAACUCUUGAGAGAAAUCACAAACCUCAAGCAAGAGCUUUUGCAAGAUUCAAAUGCUCAGGAAGCUGAACCAAGUGAAGAAGAAGAUGAAUCUAGCUCAGUACACUUCGGUGACACAUCCGAUGAGGAUGAUCUCUUCCCAGACCUUCCCAAAUCACCUUCGCUGUCGGCCCUCAAGAGCGGCCCUAAACCCUCCAUGACGUCGUCCGUCAAAGACAAAGCUCCUGAUAGACAGAACGAUGGGAAGGAGGAGGAUGGAGAAAAGAAGGAGAAAGUGAAGGAGCAGAGGAAACGACAGGACAGUGACUUGUCGUCCAUUUUGAGUGGAGGCUCUGUGAAGUCAUCAGGGUCGGGCAGUGGACUGAGCCGAGGUCAACUCUCUGAUGAUAGAGGGAGCAAGACAAAUUCAUCUUUCGAAGCAAGCCCGGAGCAUACGAUUCCACUAUCAAACCUGCCAUUCAGCAAGAAGAAAGUGUCUAAAUGGACUGAGAGAGAUAUCAUACAUUGGUUGGAUUCCAUACACCUGGGGCAUCUAGCUCAAAACUUCAUUGAUCAUGAUAUAACUGGCAAAGAGCUGAUGGAAAUUGAUAUGUCCUUGCUUGAUGAGAUGGAUAUAGAUUCCUCACUGGAGAGAGAGAAAAUCUUGUCAACCUUGUAUGACUUGACCAACCCUUCUUCCACGACUGCUAGAGAAGAUGUUCUGAGUGUGAUCAGCCAUACCAGUGGUUACGAGAAGCAGAAGUACAUGGCAGCGGUCAGUGUGUUACAGUCCGAUGACCCAGAGGACAUCCAGCUCUUACCUCCAGAAGAACGGGACAGUCUCCUCUCGAGCCCGGAGAAGAAUGAUAGUAGAGAAGAGAACGAGCAACUGAAGGAGGAGGAGGGUGAGGAGGAGGAGGAAGAAGAAGAAGAGAAGGAUGUGAAGAUCGUUAAGAGGAAGGUCAUGGGGAGAAUGGAUGCAGUCGAUGAAGACACCGAUGACACAGAUGAUUCUGAUGAUGAUUGGGAGGACGAAGGUGGUGAGGAAGAGGAAGAGGAGGAGGAGGAGGAAGUAGUGGAACUUCUGGCAGAGAUAAAAGAAACUGAAAGGAAAGCAAAACUUGUUACUAACCAAGCAAGUAAACAACCAGAGAAAGUUGUACCCUCUGGUAAAACUGCCGACACAGACAGCGAAGAAUCGGAUUUCAGUGACUUUGAUGAUGAUGAUGAAGAAGAAGUCGAAGUUAUGAUUAAAAAACAGAGUAAUGAAGCUCUGAAAUCGGCCAUGAUCGUCAAUAAUAUCUCAAGAGAUGUUAAGUCUGUAGAUAAUAAUGCUUCCAAAAAUGAUACCAACAGUCCUAAGGUGGUUAAACAGGAAUCUGUUGAAAAGAGCAAUGUUCUGAAAGGCACGUCCAAAGAACCAGUUACGAGGAAAAGCUCUGUAGAUAAAAAGGACCUGUCUAGAAAGGCUUCCAGUGAUUCCAUAGGCGAAGUGAUCCCAGCAAAUAUUUCAAAAGAUGGGACUGAACACGGGGCCAUGAAGGAUUCCACAAAAGGGAGGAAGGAUCAUGAAGCCGAGCUCCCAAUAGAGAAGGAGAGUCCGAGACGAGAUGUGAAACCAACAAGGAGUGAGAGCAGUAGGAGUUCUGGGAGUGAGAAAGAGGAGAAGAAGAAAAAAGGAGGUCUUUUUAAGCUGAAGGAAGCGAUUUCUCCAUCUAAUUGGAAGAAGAGUCCCAGGGACAGCAACACCAUUCAUGUAUGGACAGAUGUCGGACAAACAGGGAGUGGAUCAAAGACACUGGUAGUGAAAUUGACGGAGGAAUCAACAACUCAAGACUUGAUGGGUCUAUGCCUGAAUCAACUAGACCUCAUUGAGGACCCAAGACUGUAUCGGGUCCUACAAGCUACCAUACAUGGGAAAGACAAGGGUAUUGAUAUAGAGCUUGAGUCCGAGGAAUGUCCACUUGAUAUUCAGCAUGGGUGGAGUGAUCAUUCUAGUCAUCGGUUUGAGUUCAGACAGAAGACUGCACAGGGUGGUGCGAUCAAGACUGUCCUAAGAAUUCCUGGUCAGCCACCCAAGGGCAAGCUGAUCAGUAUCUCUCUGUCCACUCCGACCAGUGAAGUGGUCAUUCUGGCUCUCAAGAAGUUUGAGAUGAAGAACGUUGACCCAACCCUCUUCUGUCUCUUAGAAGUUGACAAGGAUGGAGAUGUUUGUGAUAUGGAUGACGAAGCACUCCCUCUCCAGCUAGACUCCCAUGCCUUCGUGCUGUGUGACCGUAGCAACAGGGGCCUCCACUGGACGACCCAGGAGGAAGAAGAAGCCAAUGCCGGAGAGCAGAAGGUCAAGCGUCGGGACUCUCUCACGUCCAGAGCUAGUUCCAAGAUGUCCGCUAUAAGCUUGGGGUCUUCUUACGGGUCUACUGAGCUUCUUUGUUCAUCGCGUAUCGACAACGAAAAACUGUCUAAACUUGAAAAAGAGAUGGCAAGUAUUGCGGAGUCUUUAGUACCGGGGAAGGAUACCUCAACACCAAGUGCAGCUGCAGCAGCCCCUACCAAGGCAGCCGACAUCAGUCCUAUUCCAGAAUUACAAAUUAAUGAUGAAGAAGAAGACAUCACUUAUGAGAAAGAUCAUUCUCAAGAACUAGAAGAAAAAAGUAGACAGUUGACUGCAUUACAAGAGGCUUUGGGUGAUCUAGGUAGUUCAUACAGUCAGAUGAAUGUGGACGCUAGACUGCAGGCACUGGAACAGAGAUUAGCUUCUUGUCCUGAAACAGAAUCCCUUCCAGAGAGACUUCUUGAGCUGCUGGCAGAACUUGAGACAGCGAGCCAGGAGAUGGAGGAGAGACAGAGAGAUCUGGAUGAGAUCAAACAAGGCAUUGAGGAGCUGGGAGGAGGACUGGAUGACAGCACCUCGUUGGCAUAUGAAGUGACCCUUGCGGAGGUGGCUCUCUUGAAGGCGCAGUAUGACCACAGCACACUCCUGUCAACUAUGGAGAUCGCCAUAGCAGACUACCAGCUACAAGCUGUCAAGAUUGAGGAAGCCAAGAAGAAGACCGUCUCACCCCGAGGUGCAGCAACCCUCUACCACACCUUGCCUCACAACCAGCAGUUUUCAGUGUUUGCCCUCCAGGCCAGUGCAGGCUCACAAGGCUUUCACUUUCAGGUGGCCGAACAAAACUCACAGAGCGGAGUCUACGUGCAGAGCUGUCUCCCUGCUGGGGUGUUGCGUGUCGGUGACAGGAUCACAGAGGUGAACGGUCACAGCACCCUGGGGUCAAGUGUCCUGGAGGUCAACACCCUCUUGAACCGGUCCAAGAAGGCCCAGCUGGUAUGCAUGCGGGCUGGACGAGACCAGGCUGGCAUCGAGGUGGACAGACUGACCAGGCAGCUAGCCACUGCAUCAGAACACUACGAGGCCUGCUGGCAGGAGAAUAAGAGGUUAACUGAAAUAGUUCACAGAUUAAGACCUCUAGAGCAUAAAAUCCUGGAACUGUCUCAGCAAAAAGGCACAGUACAACAACUACACCAAAAGAUUGACACCUUGGAGUCUAGGAACCAGGAGAUAUCCGAGGAGCUUCGUAUGGCCCAUGAAGGGAACAUCAACCAGUCUAAUCACGCCAUCAGUCGACUACAAAAGGACAAGGAGAGACUGGAGACCAAGGUUCGACAACAGGAGCAGAAGAUGAAAAAGUUUGAAGCUGAGUUGGCACAAAAGAACUCUGAGACAUCAUCCAUAGUGAAGGAGCGUGACGAUGCCCUGAGCAGACUAAAGUCCGUUGACGUCAAUCGGAAUGGUGAGAUCAAGGCAGAUGACCUCAUGGCCAACGCUGAUAACGAUGCUCCGCUCUGGGAGGUACUCAAACUAGCCAAGAAGGAUGAGAUACUGCAUGUGCUUCAGGAUGAGUUAGAGGAGGCAGGAAGACAGAAGCAGUAUUUAGAUCAACUCUAUACCCUCAUGCUGGAGAGAGCUCCUGAGCUACUAGAACAUCUGGAGCAGGACUUUGAAGGAAGUGAACUAUCGGGCAGUGAAGAAUUCUGCUAAAUCUCACCUCAACUCCUGCAAGCGAGCAGCAAGUCCCAAACGCACAACUCAAAUAUAUAAAAGCAUAGCAAGUAUUUAAACAUCAGGAAGUAAACGCAAGUUGAAAUGUAUUUCCUCAUUUUCGUUGUCAGUUGUCUUGAAUAUAUGCCUUUUUAUUAUGGACUGAUGGUGCCCAUGUUAUAUUUAUUCUUGUGUCAAAUGGUAUUUAUAGAAUAUGUUCAAGAGAAUUGUUUGAGUGGUAUUCUUGUAAUCAUGGUAAUAUUUCAUGCCAUUUUCUUCGCGCAAAAGAAAUGCCAAAACUUUAUAAUAGAUAGAUUGAGAGAGAAAAAGGAAAAGAGAUUUCUUUUUUAUAUUUUUUUCAAAUACAUUUAAACUCAAAUCAUGACUAUCUAAAGCUUAACUUUUAAUUAAAAUGGUAUAAUUGUUUUUUGUAGCUUGUAUCAUGUUAUAUUCCUGCAUUGGAAUAUUCGUUAUGGUUUUAUGUAAAGUUUAGUUUUGAGGUGGAUAUUUCAAGGAAAUCAGGAAUUUCAUCUCAUCAGAAUCAACAGCACAAA